UGCGCGUCGGCCUAACUUGGGAAGUGCUUCAGUGCUACGGUGCUCACUUUGCCACUCGACACGCAGCAGCAACAUGCAACUCCUUCUCGCCACCGCGGUCGCCAUCAUCACGGUCCACCAAGUGCACUCGAGCACCCCGACGACGAACGGCGGCACGUGCACCCAGGACGACGUGACGAUCAAUAGUGCGGUGUACGAUGAGACCGUGUGGGCCAACUGCACGAAUGCGGGUGCGACGUUGCAGACGACCAAGCUAGACGGCGCCGAGAGCAUCCAGAAGCUGUGUGCGUCGGCCACGUGCAAGUCGUUUGUGUCGUUGAUGGAGACGAAGGUGCCCAACUGCGUGUUGGCCGGCGACACGCCAGCGAACUCGAUCAACUUGAAGACGGCAUUCUUAAUGUCGUAUGGCUGCACACCCGCCGCCGCGGGGGCGCCGUGCACGCUCAUUGACACGGUGACCAUGAUGAUGGCUGGCAGCACGCCAGUGUGGGCCAACUGCUCGACGUUCCUCAAACUGGACGCUGAUGCAACGAUCGAGAAGGUCAUGCCGGACAAGACGGCCAACGCCACGUCCCUUCCGACGGGAUUCUGUACCUCAACGUGUCCGCUGUUCAUCUUGUCGGUGAUGAAGGCGCUCCCGUCGUGCACCAUCGGUGGUAUGAACAUCUCGGAUCCGACGACGAUGUACACCCUUUGCCCCAACGUCAAGCCCUCGGCCGCCUCGACGAAAAGUGUUUUUCUGUGGAGCUACGUGGUGCUGCUUCUCACGGCCUUCGCCACCCACCUCUAAUUUGAUGGCGUCAACUAGUACGAUACGAUGCAUAAUACACUCGCACACUUUGCAUAUACGUUGCACAGUUUUAGCAAGGCCAUAACUUUUACGUAAAUUUUAUGGCCUUGGCUCUAGCAUGGCGGAAG